AUGGAUACUCCAGACUUUACAAUACCCGACGACGAGCGCGUCAACGACGCUCCUAGCGAGAAUGUCCCGAAGCCCAAGAAGACUCGCCGCAGCCGCUACGACCCUGAGCCUGACUGGUCGGCCAUGGUGCGUGCCAAAGUCACGAAGUCUCAGCAUCGUGUCGGCCAAGCCUGUGAUCGUUGCAAGCUCAAGAAGAUGAAGUGUACGCCCGAUCAUAGAGGCUGCGCUUGUUGCAUUGUCCUCAACAUCCCAUGCAAAGUCACCGACCGUGUCACCGGAGAGACCUGGGUGCGUGGUGAGGCUGGGCAAAUGCGGGAUCUUAUCGAGAAGCUCAAAAAGCAGAACGAUAACUUGAAGGAAGAGCUCACACAGCUUCAGCAGAAGAACGCACAGCUACAAGCCUGUCUGAAUGGUUCAUACAGAGCCAAUCUCAUAGAUCACUACGAGCCGGGUCUUGACCUCAUACUGUGA